AUGUCGCGCGCGUGCGCGGGCGGACAUCGAUCGAUCCCGACGUCGUCCGCAUCCACACCCGCGCUUUCGCGCUCGAGAAGACUCGGUCGAUGGGAACACAUCCGUCGUCAACGGCGAGCGACGACGACGACGCGGGCGUUCUUGAAGAAACGCACGGGAGUGGAGCGCGACGAUGAGACGUCAGAGAAGCGUUCGCUCUUCGCGAGUGGGAGUAAACGAAGCGAGAUUAGGAUCCCUGGCUUUGUCGCGUACGUGGAUGUGCGAGAGGCGAGCACCGAGCGCGGAACGAGAGCGAUCGAUAACGCCUUGCACGCGGGAGCGACGAUGAUCGUUCUGCAGGAACGCGGCAUGAACGGAGGAGUGGGUGAAAGUGCGAGCGGACGGGCGCUGUAUGAGUCGGCGACGGCGCUCAAGGAUCUCGUCAGAGGACGCGCAAAGGUGCUGAUACAGGAUAGAACAGACAUCGCGGUGCAAGCCGAGCUCGACGGAGUCGUCCUCACGGACGACGGUGUGCCCACGGUAGUCGCGAGAAAGACGCUUUCGCCUAAGGCGGUCGUGGCGCACGUGAGUGACGACGCGGUCGAGGCUGAGAAGGCGUCAAAGGAGGGCGCUGACGUGCUCCUCGUGAGCAGUCUGCGGACGCUCUCCGAGCUCAGAGAAAAGGUCAGCGUACCCAUUUUUGUCGACGUCCAGGGCGGCGUAUCGACGUUACUCGGGGAGGAUUCCUCGACGCUGAACGGAUUAACGAUAAAUGGGGCGAAUGGAGUGACGAUUUGUGACAUCGUGAGCGACGAGAUGUGUGCGGACGAGGCGCGCGUGAAGCUGGCGGUGAGCGCCGUCGUCGACGCCUUGACGCAAAACGCCGUGAACGGUGACUCCGUCGAGCGAGCGAGCGUUGAUGGCGCCGAGAAUGUAACGGUGAGACCGGAGAAAAUAAGUCUCGUCGGUUCCAAGGGUGAAGAGUUGAUCGAGCGCGAGCGCGAGCUCUCGGAGGGGAUUUUGACGUUUUUACAAGACAACUGUCAGGAUUUGGACGAGAUCAAGCUUCUCGUCGAGGCGCGGAAGAGCAUCGAGGAUCUCUUCCUUCUCGUCAUCGUCGGUGAGUUCAACGCGGGGAAGUCGUCCGUAAUCAACGCAUUUCUUGGCGAUAAGUUCGUCGCAGAAGGUAUCUUGCCGACGACGAACGAAAUAACCGUGCUUCGUUACGGCGAGCGCAAGGCGCGAGAGCAGUCAGAGGAUGGAUUUUUCACGUAUAAGAUUCCCGCCGAGAUCCUUCGGCAGGUGCGAAUUGUGGACACGCCCGGGACGAAUGUCAUCUUACAGCGACAACAAAAACUCACGGAGGAGUUCGUACCUCGAGCUGAUCUCAUCCUUUUCGUCUUGUCGGCCGAUCGUCCAAUGACGGAGAGCGAGGUGAAGUUCCUGACGUACAUUCGCAAAUGGGGUAAAAAAGUCGUCUUUGUCGUGAACAAGACCGAUCUGCUCGAAGAAGCAAACGACGUGAGAGAUGUUUCACAAUUCGUCAAGGAUAACGCUGAACGCUUGUUAGGCGUGAACGACCCGGCCGUGCUCCCAGUGAGCGCGCGAAAAGCACUCAAGGCAAAAAAGGCGAACGCCAAUUACGUCGGCACCAGGGAAUUUGUCGAUAGCGGCUUUGGACAGUUUGAAGAUUACGUCAUGUCAUACUUGGGUGGCUCGGGCGAACGAGCCGGAGAGGCGCUGCGUCUUAAACUCUUGACGCCGUUGAACGUGUGCACCUUACUCCUCGACGCGGCAGAGCAAAUUUUAGAGACGGAGGACGACGAAGCGAAGUCGGAGGUGGCAAUUGCCAUCGGGGUGAAAACGCAGAUGGAUGAUUACACUAAAGAGAUGGUUGCCGAUUCCAAGGCGCAGCAAGAAGCGACGCGCUCAAUCGUCCAGGCUGCUAUCAAACGCGCGGAGCGCAUCGUCGAUGAUACUCUGCGAUUGUCGAACGCGCUCUCGCUGUUUAACACGUACAUUCUGGGAACGGGCUCGAGCGGCGUGGCAUCGCAGUAUGAAAAACUCGUUCUCGGUGAUUCAGAAGAGCGACUCGGCGCCGCGUGCGAAGAGUUCUCCGCGUGGUUGGAUCGAAAUAACGAAGCGCAGUUACAGGCAUACAUAGACGCCGUCAAGGGGCGCGGGUUCGACGCGUCGCUUUCAUCAGUCGACAACGAAAAGGAGGAGCGCGCAAAGAGCCUGAGCGUCGUGUCAAAUUUCGACCACACCGCCGCGGCACAAUUGCUCGAUAAAUCCAUCGGGAAGGCGGUGGAGACCACGAUCGGUUCUGCUGGCGGAGCGUUCGUGGCGUCCUUUUUCCUCUCUGGAUUUUUCAACUCGUUCUCCGAGGACGUGUUGGUGUACGCGCUCGGCCUCGCCGGAGCUUACAUCGCCGUGUUAUCACUUCCUCUGAAGCGCUCGGAAAUCAAGUCGAAAAUUCGUCGAUCCGCGGCGGCUUUCUUGACCGAGCUCGAAGAAACGAUGGAGAACGAGUGCACCACGCAAGUGGGCUCGACAACGCAGAAGAUAUCAACCAUUUGCGCUCCGUGGGCCGCAGCUGCGCGCGCGGAGGCUGCGCGCGUCGCCGAGUGUCUCGAAGCGCGUCGCGAGUUGAAGAAGUCUUUAGAAAAAAUGAUGAUUGACGUCGCAAAUCUGUAA